AUGUCCAAGUACGUGCCGGACUUUAAGAAUCUCAUCUUCGACCAGCUCGUGACCAACAAGGGCAAACUCAGCUACUGUUUCCAGGCUGUGCUAGAACAGCAGAUCAAUCUCUGGAACCACUGGCUUGCUGGCUACGAAUGUUGGCCGUUCAACCACAUCAACGUCGAUAUCGUAGGCUGCGCCGUAAAGGACAAGUCCAUCAUGGACUGGAGCGACGAUUCGCUCGGAACGAUUUACGAGGGCAUUUUGGACGGUGAAGGAAGCCCCAAGUGUCCGGACGAGUGCUACAGUCGCCAGGGUCAGACCGACACGAGUGGCUGCAAGGGCAAACCCUUCAACAUGUCUCUCUGGCCGUCGACAUCGGUGGGUGAGGGCGCUGUCGGUACGGGCGGUGACUGGGGUCAGCGCAUCGAAGUAAACCACUUUCUAGAGUAUCUGGACAAGGAACAUCAGAUGACUUUGCUGCACGAAAUGGGUCACGGUUUUGGCUUGCCGGAGAUGUACGUGGCCGAGAACAAGCCUUCGGGCUACCCUACUUGUGUGAUGGACGAGAAUUUCUCGCUCACCGACGGCGAUGGAUGGCUGCUUCGUAGCAUUCUGGAGAACAUUAAGUCUCGUUACAAGUUUUAA